UAUUGUCACAAUUUGAAUUGGGUUAACAAAGAAGUAUGCUAACAUGAUGUCAACAAAAUACGUUUCUUUUAUAUCUGGAAUAUUAAUAGCCUCAUUAACAUGGACCUUCAGUUUAUAUCUUUAUUCAAAGCUAUCUCAAAAUACUAAUACUGUCAAUCCAACAAUGUUGGUGUUAGAAAAUUCAAAAUUAGGAAAAGGAUUCGAAUUUAAUCAUAAACCUUAUCGUAAUCAAGAAUUCAAAUUACAUAAUAAUUUUAUUUUUCCUGAUGAUAAAGGGGUUAUAAUAGAUAAAAGUACUUAUAAUUUAAGAGGAAGUAACUAUAAAAAUAGUGAUAAGCUAUUGCAACAAUUACAACCUGUACCAAUGAAACCUGCUGUUACAUUGGAGCAAGGUCUAGAUGAACUAGGAAUGGUUAAAAAUUUUGAUGAUCAACAAAAACGGGAUGGGGGAUAUAAAAAUUAUUCCUUUAAUAUUUUAGUAUCAGAUAACAUUGGAUUACGUAGAGAAUUACCAGAUACAAGACAUAAAUUAUGUGAAAUACAAAAGUAUUCUUUUAAGUUACCAAAUGCUAGCAUUAUUAUAUGUUUUUAUAAUGAACAUUAUAUGACACUUCUGAGAUCCUUGCAUUCAAUUAUUGAUAGAACUCCUGAAAAUCUUUUACAUGAAAUUAUUUUAGUAAAUGAUCAUAGCGAUAGUAAAGCUUUACAUGAAAAAAUUAAAAUAUAUACUACCAAUAAUUUUAAUGGUAAAGUGAAAUUUUUUAAAACAGAAAAACGAGAAGGAUUGAUCAGAGCAAGAAUGUUUGGUUCAAGAAAAGCAACUGGACAAGUUUUAAUUUUCCUAGACAGUCAUAUAGAAGUAAACAAAAAAUGGAUAGAACCUCUUCUCUCACGAAUUGCUUAUUCAAAAACUAUCACAGUUAUGCCAGUUAUUGAUAUAAUUAAUCCAGAUACAUUUCAAUAUACUAGUAGUCCUUUAGUAAGAGGUGGAUUUAAUUGGGGUUUACAUUUUAAAUGGGAUAAUUUGCCAGUUGGUACAUUAGUACAUGAUGAAGAUUUCAUAAAGCCAAUAAAGUCUCCAACAAUGGCAGGUGGUUUAUUCGCAAUGGAUAGAGAAUAUUUUGUAAAGUUGGGAGAAUAUGAUGCUGGUAUGGACAUCUGGGGUGGUGAAAAUCUUGAAAUAUCAUUUAGAAUUUGGAUGUGUGGUGGAAGUAUUGAAUUAAUACCAUGUUCAAGAGUUGGACAUGUAUUCAGAAGAAGGAGACCAUAUGGUGCAUAUGAUCAACAUGAUACUAUGUUGAAAAACUCAUUACGUGUAGCACAUGUCUGGCUAGAUGAAUAUAAGGAUUACUAUUUAAAAAAUGUUAAAAAAAUUGAUUAUGGUGAUAUUACAGAAAGAUUAAAUUUGCGAGAAAGAUUGAAAUGCAAAAAUUUUGCAUGGUACUUACAAGUAGUAUACCCUGAAUUAGCAUUACCAGAUGAUAACAAAAAUAAAUUAAAGGAUAAAUGGACAAAACUAGAACAAAAACCAAUACAACCUUGGCAUUCUAGAAAAAGAAAUUACACUGAUCAAUAUCAAAUUAGACUUUCUAAUUCAGCAUUAUGCAUUCAGAGUGAGAAAGAUAUUAAAACAAAAGGUUCCAAACUUAUUUUAGCACCAUGUUUAAGAAUUAAGUCACAGAUGUGGUAUGAAACUAAUAAAAAAGAACUAGUACUUGGUCAAAUGCUUUGUAUGGAAGGAGCUGAGAAAAUUCCAAAACUUAGAAAAUGCCAUGAGAUGGGUGGUAAUCAAGAAUGGCGUCACAAAAGUAAUAUUAAUACACCUAUAUAUAACAUGGCAGCUGGUACAUGCUUGGGGGUUUUGAGGGGAGCAAAGAGUGCUCAAAUUAUAAUGGAUUUAUGUACUAAAUUAGAUACAAGCACUAUAUCAUGGGAUUUAAUACCAGGCUCUAAAAUUCUUUCAAAAGAAAUUAGGUGA